GCUCCUCUGCUCCGUCAGAGCAGCACAGCCAUGAGCCAGCCGAGUUCCCCGUCCUCAAGACCCGCUCUGACACUCCGCCUGUCCCCCUAACACACACCACACCACCAUGAAGAGGCAAAACGUGAGGACCCUCGCUCUCAUCAUCUGCACCUUCACCUACCUGCUCGUGGGAGCCGCGAUCUUCGACGCGCUGGAAUCUCAGAAGGAGACGACCCAGAGGAUGGAGCUGCACCUGAAGAAAGGGGAGCUGCUCCAGACAUUCAACUUGUCCUCGGAGGACUUUGACGAGCUGGAAAAAGUGGUGCUGCAGCUGAAGCCGCACAAAGCCGGCGUGCAGUGGAAAUUCGCCGGCUCCUUUUACUUCGCCAUCACUGUGAUCACGACAAUAGGUUAUGGCCAUGCAGCCCCCAGCACAGAUGGAGGGAAGGUGUUCUGCAUGCUUUACGCCCUCCUGGGCAUCCCUCUCACCUUGGUCAUGUUCCAGAGCGUGGGUGAGCGGAUCAACACCUUUGUCAGGUACCUGCUCCACCGCCUGAAGAAGUGCCUUGGAAUGAGGCGCACUGAGGUCUCCAUGGUCAACAUGGUGACCAUCGGUUUCAUAUCCUGCAUGAGCACGUUAUGUGUGGGCGCAGUGGCAUUCUCCCACUUUGAGGGGUGGAGUUUCUUUCACGCCUUCUACUACUGCUUCAUCACGCUCACUACCAUCGGCUUUGGGGACUAUGUGGCGCUGCAGAAUGAGCACGCUCUGCAGAAGAAGCCGCAGUACGUGGCCUUCAGUUUCAUCUACAUCUUGACAGGUCUGGCCGUGAUUGGAGCAUUCCUCAACUUAGCAGUGCUGCGCUUCAUGACCAUGAACGCCGAGGACGAGAAGAGGGAUGCUGAACAGAGGGCUCUACUGGCCCAUAACGGUCAGGCAGGCGGACACAUCAACUGCUCCAUAGAUCCGGCCUCUCCUUCCUCCACGCAUUCUGGGUGUGUCGGCGGAGGGAGUGCGAUCGGAGGAAGCGGGGGAGGCGGAGCGGCAAGCCGGGGUCUGCGUAACGUUUACGCUGAGGUGCUUCAUUUCCAGUCCAUGUGCUCCUGUCUUUGGUACAAAAGUAGAGAGAAGCUGCAGUACUCCAUACCCAUGAUCAUCCCCCGCGACCUCUCCACUUCAGACACCUACAUGGAGCAGGGAGAGGCUUUUUCCAAUCCCCUUCAUUCUAACGGCUGUGUGUGCAGUCUGCAGCGCCACUCGGGCAUCAGCUCAGUGUCCACGGGGUUGCACAGCAUCAACACCUACAGAAGACUCAAUAAACGCAGAUGUUCCAUCUAGAAACCCAGAGGACUUUGUGCAUUUAGAUGAAGUCCCACUUGAAGUGAGGGAGAGCCCUCCUACUGUGGUGCGAGAUUAGUUGUGGACACCAAGGGAACUCUAUUUGCAUCCUGAAGAGAUGUUGGACUCUAGACGCUUGCCUCUUUCUGGCACUGAAGCGGAUGCAUCCUUCAGACUCCAGCCAUGUAUUUAACUUCCAUUAAUUAAGCACAAACCAUUUAGCGCUAACAUUGUUACUGAUGUUACAGAGAAAUGACGCUAAUGGUUGUUUUAGAAGCAUUCGUUACACAACUAUUGCUGUUAGAAGACAGGGAAAAAAACCACGUGCAUCUCUCUGCACCUCUGAAUAUCGAGUAUCUUAAUAUUGAACUCAGUAUUUUCUGUGCUCAUGAGGCGGAACUUUAUGUUUGAAUAUGAAAAGGGACAAAAUACACUGUGAGACACACUUUUAAGAGUGAGUAGGGUGUACUAACUGUAUAAAAUCCCUGCCAAGGUAUAUUUUAUUGAAACAAAAAACAACUUAAAUCCACAUUUUCCAAAAUAAAUCUUUGGCUGUAAGGAGUAUGGUCACUUCAGUGAAAUUAAAGCUUGUAUAUAUUUGGACACUAGUAGGUGUUAUUGAGGGAAAACCUAUUUUUUCAGUGAACGUUUAAAAGAUAAUUGAUCUCAGUGUCUCCUGUGUGUCUACAGUUCAAGUUUAAACCAAACUUUCUGCUCUGCUAACUACUUUAUUUUCUCCAUCCAUGAGAUUAAACCACCGUGUAGGUGCUUAAAUGACUGAGAAUGAUUGAGCAGGUUUGCUGAAGAACAUUUUGGGGAUCAAACCUGCGACAGUGUCUUCAACCACUAAGGCCUCCCUGACAGCCCAUUCAGACUUCACUGCAAAGCGCUGUGAAUUUCUUUUGCAAAGUUUCUUCGUGUGCAUCAAACUAUCUUAUGUACAUGUUGCUUGUCAUAUGUUUUCAUAUAGAACAACUAUAUUCCCAUAGUCUAAAUUAGAGCAUGCAAGCUCACUUACGUGUAGUGGAAAGUCAUUACUCAGUGCUGCACCUUAGAGGACUGUCGUACAUGCUUUCAUACACUGGAUCUUAGAGAACCAUUUUUUUAAUGGAGUCACAUUAUGUUGGCGAUACACCCCAAUUAACUCCUCCCACUUUACUACACAGAAAUGUUGAAUUCAGUACCGAUGACUGAGAAUAUCAGGCGUCCACCUCACUUACUGAUGGCCUCACAGUUUGCACCUCAUGCACUUAUGGAGUCUUUGCUCCAGCCCCGUCUAAACGCACUUGGCUCAGCUAGCUGAGGCCUUUAUGCAGUGCUCACUUUUGCUUCAGUCCUCUCUGAAAGAGUUUUCUUACAUAAUCUUUAGCUUAUUAUAUUUUAGUUUAGUGGUUUUACUUUACAGAGUGUCACAUUUCAUCCUUUUUUUGUACUGGAAUGUUCUCAUUAACUGCAAUAUGCCUGUUAACAUUGUUCAGCAUCUCUUUUUAACCGAGUGAUGAACAGUCAGCUUUGUGUGUUACUAUACAUUAACAUUAUGUUUUUUUCUUUAACUAUAAUAAAACAUGAUUUAAUUAACA